AUGAAGACUAUCAUAUGGAACUGUCAAGGAGUAGCGUCUAAGUGCUUUCUUAGAGCUCCGAAAUGGCUUCUGAGCAAACACCGUCCGGACAUGCUCUGUUUAGUGGAAACUAAAACGUCAGGUAGCAAUGCCAACUUUAUCUGCAUCAAGCUUGGCUUUGAAAAGUGGGCAAGAGUCGAAGCCCUUGGAUUUAGUGGAGGCAUAUGGAUUUUAUGGUCGAAUGGGUUGACAGUGGAUAUUCUACAAUCCCAUCCACAAUAUGUGCACAUGUCUGUAAGGGAAUUGUCUGGGAGAAGGUGGAACUUCUCUGUAGUCUAUGGCAGCCCUUCUCUGUACCUUCGUCGGCGUCUCUGGAAUUCUCUAAGUAGGGAGAAAGUGCAGGUGAAUCACCCCUGGCUGAUUGCGGGUGACUUCAAUGCGAUUGCUAGUCAUGAGGAAUGCUCGAACCCUCACAACCCCGGGAACCACAGGAAUGGGGACUUCAGAAAUUGGAUAUUCCGAGAAGCGCUGGUUGAUCUUGGAUUCUCGGGUCAGAAGUUCACUUGGAGGCAGGGAAGGGAUGAUGAGAAUUUUAAAGCGGCCAGGCUCGACCGUGCUCUUAGCUCCAUGGAUUGGUUAGACCUCAUACACGAAAAGAAGGUGACUCACCUCCCGACGCUCGGAUCUGAUCACUGCCCGUUACUAAUUGACUUUGAUACUCAGAGUAAGAAGAAAGAGAAAAGUUUCCUUUUUCAAGGGGCUUAG